AUGCUACGUUUGGCUAUAUUAGCUGUUGCGGUGGUGUCAGCGUUUAGUGACUCAAACUUCAUCUUUAAGAAUGACAUAACUCCUGAAGAGGCUCAGAGUUACCUGAAGAACCUGCCUUUUACCGUGCCAGAGUUAUCUGGCAAGACUGCCACCCUACCUUUAGUUCGUUACGAUGACCCUAGGUUUCGUUCCGCCGACGCUGGCCCAACCCUCGGCCACUACUGGAAGAAUGGAAAGGAGAUCGAAAAUACUGACGACUAUGUUGAAGAUGUUUACAACGCGGCCCAGUACCACGGUCAGGACGGCCUAGGGCAGUACGCGUACGGCUAUAAAACCCCCGAGUCAUCAAAGGUUGAGAACCGCGAAGGAUCCGGAGUAGUAUCUGGAUCAUACGUAUAUGAGUUGCCUAACCACGAACUUGUCAAGGUCAAAUACUACGCUGACAGCGAAGGCUUCCACCAAGAAGAUAACCUUCCAAAGGUAGAGUUGAAACCAGCUGAAGAGACACCAGAACUUAGAGAGGCUCGCCUUGCUUUCGAGAAGGCAUGGAAAGAAGCUGCAGAGGCCAACCAGAAACAACCUGUUGCUCCUUACUACGAACCUUCAUACCAAGGCCAAGCUUCUGAGGCAAGACCUGUAGCUGUCGCUUCUCCAGACCAAUCCCGUGAAGCCAAGGCAUACGGUCAAGGAAACUACCAACAGCCGCAAUAUCAGCAACAGCAACAGUACGGUCAGCAACAACAGUACGGUCAGCAACAACAGUAUGGCCAACAGGGGCUGUAUGGUCAGCAACAACAACAACAACAGCAACAAUUUAAUAAACAGAAGUUCGUAGGGAAAUCAAAUGAUGAAGAGAAGUAUGAAGAACCGGACCCUACUGGCCCCCCUCACGGUUUCUUCUACAGCUUCAACUACCCAGUCCCCAUAAUCGUACCCAAGAAUGAGCAGAGUGAGAACCCACACUACCCAGUAGAUCACGACACUGUUGGACUCGGCAAACAUUAUUAA